CGUACAGGUCACGUGACGGACCGGGCCGUCCCUGCCGCCGCCGCCGCUUUGUAAGAGGCACAUUGGCAGGUAACGAGCGGCGGCGGCGGCGGCGGUGGAGGCGAGUCCCGAGUCGAGCGAGAACAGCAGCGAUUUUCCGUUUUGUACAUACAUUCUUUUGUAUAUACGGUAUAUGAUGACUUCAGUGAACAGUGACCGCUCCAGAGGUGCUCGGGAAAAAGCGCAGAUUUCAGUGACACAGACAACACAGUUACAGAAACAAGUAGUACAAGCAACUGCUGAACAGAUGCGUCUCGCUCAAGUGAUCUUUGAUAAAAAUGACUCGGAGUUUGAAACUAAAGUUAAACAGCUUAUGGAAGUGACAGGCAAGAAUCAGGACGACUGCAUAGUGGCGCUACAUGACUGUAAUGGUGAUGUGAACAAAGCUAUCAACAUCCUGCUGGAAGGGAGUUCAGACACAACUUCAUGGGAGACUGUAGGUGGGAAGAAGAAGAAUUUUGGAAAAGAAGGCUCAGAAAACAAAGAGAAUAGAGAGAAGAGAAAUGAGAGAGAACCGAGUCGUGGACGUGGAAAUAACCGGAAAGGAAGAGGUGGCAGUCGUGGGAAAGAAUUUAGAACUGAAGAAAAUGGAAUUGAUUGCAAUCAAGGGGACAAGCCUUCAGACCGAGGCAAGCGAGCCCGUGGCAAAGGAUUUGGCCGUGGCAGAGGGAGAGGGGCAGGAAGAUUCUCAACACAAAGCAUGGGGACAUUUAAUCCUGCAGACUAUUCAGAGUCCCCAUCUACUGAUGUCUGUGGAACAAAACCAAUUGUUUGGGAAGCUACUCAGAAUGGUACAGAUGAGGGAAAUGAACUGUCGUCAAAUGCUCACACUGUAGCUCAGGGACUGCCAAACAAAAAUUCUUACGGACUCAAAGGCGCCUGGAAGAAUUCUGUGGAAGAAUGGACAACAGAAGACUGGACUGAAGAUCUCUCUGAAACAAAAGUCUUUACUGCCUCUUCUGUUCCAGCAGAGAACCAUGUGACUUCUGGGCAAAGCAUUGAUCUAGUAGCCUUGCUCCAGAAGCCUGUUCCUCCUAGUCAAGCUGCAGAAGUCAACUCCUUUGAAACACCCCAACAGCAGGGCUUUGGCCAAGCUCUUGUCUUCACAAAUUCUCAGCACAACAAUCAGAUGGCACCAGGGACUGGCAGCUCCACUGCUGUCAACUCCUAUUCUCCUCAGAGUCUGUCCUCCGUCCUUGGUUCAGGAUUUGGAGAGCUUGCACCUUCAAAAAUGGCAAACAUCACCACCAGCUCCCAGAUUUUGGAUCAGUUGAAAACUCCAAGUUUGGGCCAGUUUACCACCACUACCACAAAUUCACAGAAUAGUACAAGUCCCCCCACCACUACAUCCUCUUGGGAUCUUAAGCCCUCAGCAUCCCAACCCUCGGUCCUUAAUCACUUUGACUUCAAAUCUCAGCCUGAACCGUCCCCAGUUCUUAGCCAGUUGAGCCAGCGACAGCAGCACCAGACUCAGGCAGUCACUGUUCCUCCUCCUGGGUUGGAGUCCUUUCCUUCCCAGGUGAAACUGCGAGAGUCAACACCCAGAGACAGUACCUCCACUGUGAACAAACUUUUACAGCUUCCUAGUAUGACUGUUGAAAACAUUGCUGUAUCUACCCACCAACCGCAGUCUAAACACAUCAAACUUCCCAAACGGCGGAUGCCUCCAGCCUCCAAGGUCCCUGCUUCUGCAGUGGAAAUGCCUGGUUCAGCAGAUGUUACAGGAUUGAAUGUUCAAUUUGGUGCCCUGGAAUUUGGAUCAGAACCAUCUCUCUGUGAAUUUGGAUCAGCUGCAAACAGUGAAAACAGUAACCAGAUCCCCAUCAACUUGUAUUCAAAGUCUUUAAGUGAGUCUUUGAAUACCUCUCUGCCCAUUACCAGUGCGGUACAGAACUCCACCUAUACAACUUCAGUCGUUACCUCUUCCAGUGUGACCAGCUCGACUCUGAGCUCGACUAGUCCUGUAACUACGUCUUCCUCCUAUGACCAGAGUUCUGUGCACAAUAGGAUCGCAUACCAAAGCUCUGUGAGUCCGUCGGAGUCAGCUCCAGGAACCAUCACAAAUGGACAUGGUGGUAGUCGAAGUCAGCAGACACUAGACACUACUUCAUCCGUCUCAUCUCCAAAGACAACAGAUCCUCCCUCCACCCUGCCGUCUGCAGGCUCCCUGCCCAGCACCACCUCCUGCACUACGCUUCUGCCCUCUGCAUCCCAGCACACUGCCACUUUGCCCUCCUUGUCGCAGACUGCUGACUUGUCCAGCGGCCCCCUCUCUCAACUUAACAGUUCACUCUCCGGCCAUCAGAACAGUCUCUCCUCUUCACAUGCAACACACCCUUCCAGCACAUCACACACACACACCAGUGCGGAGAGCACCACUUCCCUCCAGUCCUCGGCCCCCUUCUCAACGGCAGCGACCCCCGCCUCGAGCGCGCCCUCCUCAGGACUCAGCCUGCCUGGCAGCGUGAACACAGCCAACAGCCUCUGCCUGGCAGGGACCACCGUGAGCGCCCCCAGCAGCAGUACCAGGGCCGCACCCUUGGUGACCUCAGGCAAAGCACCCCCCAAUCUGCCUCAGGGAGUGCCUCCUCUGCUGCAUAACCAGUACCUCGUGGGCCCUGGAGGACUGCUUCCUGCCUAUCCGAUCUAUGGCUAUGACGAGCUCCAGAUGCUACAGUCAAGACUGCCGAUGGAUUACUAUGGAAUUCCCUUUGCCACACCCACAGCUCUUGCCAGCCGAGACGGGAGCCUCGCCAAUAACCCAUAUUCAGGUGAUGUCACUAAGUUUGGUCGAGGUGACUCUGCGUCUCCUGCACCACCCACCACACUGGCUCAGCCGCAGCAGAGUCAGUCCCAGGCCCACCACACAGCCCAGCAGCCUUUUCUGAAUCCCGCGCUGCCACCCGGCUACAGCUACACCGGCCUCCCCUACUACACGGGCGUGCCCAGUGCCUUCCAGUAUGGGCCCACCAUGUUUGUCCCUCCCGCUUCGACCAAGCAGCACGGUGUGAACAUCAGCACCCCCACCCCGCCUUUCCAGCAAGCCAGUGCUUACGGCCAGCACAGUUAUAGCACAGGUUAUGAUGACCUGACCCAGGGGACAGCAGCGGGAGACUACAGCAAGGGUGGCUAUGGUGGAUCAUCGCAGGCACAAAACAAGUCUGCAGGUUCUGGGCCUGGCAAAGGAGUAUCUGUGUCUUCAAGCACCACAGGGCUGCCUGACAUGACUGGUGCUGUCUACAAUAAAGCGCAGACCUUUGACAAGCAGGGAUUUCAUGCCGGGACCCCGCCGCCCUUCGGCCUGCCUUCUGCACUGGGCUCCACCGGGCCCUUGGCCCCGGGCACGGCCCCUGGCUACGCACCGCCACCAUUCUUGCACAUCCUGCCUGCCCACCAGCAGCCCCACUCACAGAUGUUACACCACCAUCUUCCACAGGAUGCCCAGAGCGGCUCGGGCCAGCGCAACCAGCCCAGCUCCCUGCAGCCCAAGUCGCAACCCUCCAAACCCACUUACGGCAACUCUCCCUACUGGACAAACUGAACCUGAGGAGGACUGGGCUGGGCUGGGGCAAGGCAUUCGUUGGGCCGGAGAAGACAUGCGAAGCCCAUUGCUAAGAGCCCUGCACCCUCUCUAGAAUUCCCGAGACUUGUGUCAGCCAAGCCUCUGUGGGGAGCCUGCCUCCCAGACUCUCUGUUGUAUGUAAUGUAUUUAUGUAUGUAUUUGUAAAUGUGAUAGAAGUCUUGGGAGGGGUGUGGUGGGAUGCAGCUGCUUUCCCCACUCAGGCCUCUUCUCUUCUGUAGCAAAACAGGUCCCCUCCCUCCUGCUGCCUUCUCCCAAGCCCUCCUGUCCAGCAGGCUGCCAGGCACCUGGAGGGACUGGUUAGGCAGUCUGGGUAUCGGGGUCAGGUACCAAUGAAGAAUCACGACUUAACUCCUAUCCUGACAAACCAUUAUUUGAGUUUUCUGCCUGUGUAAUUACUUUCUCCCUUCUUUUGAGAGACUGGUCCACUUAUCCUAUGUAAUGUUCCCUUCCACCAAAUUUUGAUCCAGGAUAUAGCAGAUAGCCUGCCCCCCCGUACCCCCCCCCCCCCCCACAGAAACUUGGCACCAAUUUGUCUCUGCAGAGCUGGGGAUUCUGCUUUUGUUGUCCCCAGAGAUUUGCCUUCUUCUGACUGACCAUUUUUAAGAUGAUCUGGAUUUGUGCUCAGAGAGGUUCAGUCCGUCAGCUUCCCUUAAAAAAAGAUGCUUUCCUCAGUGAGAGCAUAUCCUUAAGGCUCCUCUAUUCCAGUUGUCCGAACCACGUGGGCAGCUGCUUCAGGGGGUUCUUUUGCCCAAACACCUAAUAAAAUUCCGAGAGCAUG